AUGGUUGUGGUCAUUGUUAGAAUCAGACCAGGAGUUCCAACGUCUUUGGCUGCAUUUUGUGCCAGUGAUUAUUCGGAAGGAUCGAGCCCCAAAAUCUGGGGUUUCCCCAAUUAUGAAAUAAAUGCUCUAAGGGACUCAGAUUUCAUUGGUGGGCCAGACGAAGAGGGCAGAAAAUUCCAUUCAAAACCUAACAAAUAUCAUCAUGGACAGUCUUAUUACACUAACUAUGGAGGCAACUAUCAAAACUAUCACCAUGGGCACUACCAAUCGAGUCAUCAGCAGGUUCAAGUGCCAAUUUAUCAAUCUCCAAUUACAAAACCACCGCCACCGCAAGAAUCAACGGACAGAAUCAUUUCAGUCUGUUAUCUCACGAUGGACGAGAAAUGCAACAGAUUGUUCACAAUGGACAACGGACAUCUCUAUUACUACCACAACACCACUUAUCUUAUUAAGAAUCCUACAUUGACAGUCAUUGGAAUUCCCUCAAACGGAUGCAAAACUAGAAACUUCCCCAUUAUACGUCUUGCAGAGUUCCCAGACAGUAUUGCCGCCAGAGGUUCCUAUGGAUUUAUGGUGUCAACUCUCGACUACCAAGAAAGCGGCUCAUGCGAUGAUCUCUUCGUGUACAUAGCGAAUGCCUUCUCCAGUUAUCUUACAGUGUAUGAUUAUAAGAAUGAUGAUUUUUGGUAUUUCGACCACGAAACUUUCUUUCCAGUCAUAGCAGAAUCGCAUUUUGUAUUUGACAGAACGUAUUACUAUGAUUUGCCUUUAGGAAUGUAUUCUAUUGCUCUUGGAUAUGCCGACAAAUACGGAGAUCGUACAGCUUAUUAUACGACUGUAGCAAGCACAGCGCAAUAUAAAGUAUCUACGAGAGUUCUGAAGGACAGAAGAAGAUCUCCGACGAAUUACAAUAACGAUGACUUCAGUAUCAUGGGCCAUCGAGGAUGCGGACAUGAGAGUUGCAGAACUGCAAUUGAUUAUGCUCACGGAGUUAUGUUCUAUGCUGAAGUCCAAUCAAAUCAAAUUCGUUGCUGGAAAAUCAACAAACCUCUAAAUCCCGACAAUGUCGAUGUAGUUUAUGAGUCUGAUGAUUUGCUCUACGGCAUAAAUAUUUUUAUAGACUCUUGGGGAUAUCUCUGGUUUCAUACUUGCUACAUUCCCAUUCUUUUCACCAGCGAUGAACCAUUGAACCUGCAAAACAUUAAUUCCAGAACCUUCCGGAUGAGAGUCACCGAUGCCAUUCGAGGAACCAUCUGCGAAGAUGAAUAA